AUGGAUGGAAAAUUGGAUGAUGUUAAAGUCAAGUUAUUGGAUGGCGCUGGCUUCUCCCCUACGGAAGAGGAAGAGGAGACUUCAUCAACCAAUGCUGCACCAGCAGUAAUAGUUGAGAAACCGAGGGAUGAAGUGGCGAUUCUAAUCGAGGGUAAAGUGCGAGACAAGCCGUCGUUUUGGCCGGAUUGUUGUAUUUACAAAGUCCCCCAGAGAUUUCGCAGAGGAAAUAAAGAGUUCUAUGAACCCCGGGUGGUCUCAAUCGGACCUUAUCACUUUCACCAAGGAAGUUUCCCAGAAAUGCAAAUCUUUAAACUCAAAUACUUAGAGGCCUUCUUGAGCCGAAACGAGCUCAGCUUAGACCAAUGCCUUGGCCUUGUGAGAACGUGGGAAGCAAAGGCCAGGCGUUUUUAUGUAGACCGCAUUGACCUAAGCAGUGAUGAAUUUGCCGAGCUGAUGCUGGUGGAUGCAAUUUUUGUCUUAGAGCUUAUGAUCAGGCACCAGUUUUUCGAAUAUGUAGACGAUUGUGAUCGGAUUUAUAGAAAGCCGCGGAUGAUCGUAGAUGUUUUCCAUGAUGUCUUGUUGAUUGAGAACCAAAUUCCCUUCUUUGUUCUUGAGGGUUUGUAUAACCUAGUUGAUAAUGGCUCCAAAAGAACUCUCAAAUUCUUUGUCGAGCUUACGCAUGAGUUCUUCAAGGCUUCUGUCAAAAUCGACAAGUUUGGUGCCGAUCGUGCACCUGUGCAUGGAGUUAACCACGGAGUGAAGCAUUUUGUUGACGAAAAGCAUGAAUAUGGCCAUAGGGUUUAUGAAAUCCCACCAAGCGUGACAGCGCUAGAGGAUGCUGGAGUUAAGUUUGCCACAACAAGCACGAGGUCCUUACUUGACAUACAAUUCAACAGAGGAUGUCUCAAAAUUCCGAAUUUUAGGGUAGACGAUUGGACGGAAACUGUCUUCAAGAACCUGAUUGCCUUCGAACAGUGCCAUGAUCACCAAGUGAAGUACAUUUCAGAAUUGAUGUUCCUCAUGGGGUGCAUGAUCAAGACUUCAAAGGACGUGGACUUGCUCAUUGAACAUGAAAUUAUAUCUAGCAUGCUGGGGAGCAACGUUGAUGUGUCCACUCUGUUUAACCAUAUUGGCCAAGGUGUUGGUUUCAGUCAGCCAAAGUAUUACUUGAGUCUUUGCAAAAAACUCAAUGCCUACUGCAAGGCCCCUUGGCACAGAUGGAAAGCUAUUCUGAAGCGCGACUAUUUCAACACUCCAUGGAAAGUUGUUUCUACAAUUGCUGCAAUUGUACUCCUUGUGCUCACACUCGUACAAACGAUAUGCUCUAUCUUAUCCCUAUAG